AUUUUUCGCACCCGUUCUCGGCCUUUAUAUUCUAUACGGUAUAAAGUCUCAAGAGGAAUCCCCUCCCACUCUCUUUCUUUCUCUCCGAUGGAGAAGCGGAGAAGGCCGGGGACGAUCCUCGCUUCUCCGACGACGGAAGAAACCCUCGUCAGCGUCUCUGAGGUCUAAGCGGGGAAUUUCGGCGAUCUUUCAUUCUACUGGUAAAACCCCUGGAUUCUUGUUCUUCUUCGCCUCCUCCCGAUCUUUACGAGCCGUGGACUUCUAUUAGGAUCUUGAAUUCUGACUACAGGAAACAAUGCUCCAACAACCUAUAAUUACUGUUGGACUACAGUGUUGAACUCAACAAACAGAAAAAUAGAAAAUGGGUGGUUGCUGUUGCUGUUCAUCCAGAAGAGCUGAAGCAGAUACGGCACCAGUUUAUUACUAUUGCCCGCAAGAUUUAGAAGAGCAUGAACCAUUGUCUGCCACCCAUGGUACAUCUUCUGUAGUAUCUAGUGGAUUAAUUGUUGAUACAAAUUUGGAGACAUCUACUCCAGGCACUUACCAAGCACCUCCUGCACCAUUGCCUUAUGAUGUGGGCUUAACAAGUUCACAAACUACUCCUGGAAACUUGGAAUAUCGUGGAAUCAAGACUGAUCAUGUGCAACCAGCAGAUUCCCAGCCAAUAGGAGAAACUGAUGGAAGGUUAGAAGGAUCAGAUACAUGUCAGACUUUGGAAAAGUCUGGCUGCAAGAGUAAAACUGAUUUUGAACAUGAGCCCCCUGAAACAGAAGAUGAACCUUCCAAGGUGGAUGCACCUAUUGUUUCAGUUAUUGAUGAUGAAGAUGUUUGCCCCACUUGUCUUGAAGAAUAUGAUGCUGAGAACCCUCGCAUUUUAACGAAAUGCGAACAUCACUUUCACCUCUCUUGCAUUCUUGAGUGGAUGGAGAGAAGCGAUACUUGCCCCAUUUGUGACCAGAUCAUGAUGAUCGAUCACAUGUCUAGUCAGUAGCACUGGAUGUCUACAAGGCUACGAUAGCGAGGUUUUAUUUUUCAGCCCUGUUGGAGUGGAUGCCAGCCUGAAUAGAGAAGUACGAUGUACUCAUCUUUUCAGUAGUAAUUGGUGGAAGCAAUGCCUCUACAGUAGUAUGUUCAUAAGACGAAUCUUUCUAGUCUCAGAUGUCUAUAUUGUGGGUCAAAUUCUUUUGGAUUGCCUAAAAAGGAAAGGAAGAGGCUAAAGUGAUAUGUGAUUGAAAUGUUUGCUUUCUUUUGCAUCAUUCAUGUAAAGCGUCGAUUUUUUUUUUUUGUUGGUGCUGAAAUAGCUGGCAGAUGAAAUUUAGAGUGAUGCGGUCUUGUGCUAGGACCAGGCGUGGGGCAAGCAAUUCUUUUGCUAUAUUUUUGGAAGCUACGUUUUUUCAUCCUGAAAUCUCUCCCGGUGUGUUGGUUGUCUUUUGUAUAGUUUUAAGCCUAUGUAGAUACUGGGACUCCUGGCCAUAUGUCGUCUGCCUUGAAUAUUUGAAUUGUAUACGGAUUUUUUCCCUCUUUCUAUGAUGUUUCUCAUCCA